AUGAAGGCCUUCGCGGAGGCAGGGCAGAAGGUGGUUGAGUCGAUGCGGUCCAACUCGCGAGAGAACACCACCGUGGUCACCACCAUCAGCGCCAAUGGUGUCACGUGGGCGCCAAUCACUAUCUUCAAAGGACAGCGACUUCAGCCUGACUGGUUCGCCGAGAGGAACUGCCCGAGGGAUGCGAGGUACGCCGGGAUUCGAACCCCUGACCUGAACCUGAGAAGGGUUCGAGGUGACCAACAAGACCACCGGGUUCUUAUUACCCGGGUGGUUGAUAAUACCCGCCGCUGUUCUAAGCAUCAAAUGCCUGGCACCAAACCACGAAACGAUCUACUGGAAGUAUCACCGACCAGGUGCGUUUCAGCAGCAGCGGAGGAACGGCGAGUUUGGCGGCGAGUCUGUGUGUUGGCAGCAGCAGCAGCAGCAGCCAGGCGUGGUGUAUGGCGGAGACUCUCAGCAACAGCCGCGGCAAUAACAGGUAGCGGCCGGCUUCACCAGGGGUGCAGGUGGACAGUGCGUGGUGAGGUGUUUGUUGGUGAGAAGGGGGGGGGGGCUGCUGCCGGUUCGUCUGCGGCGUAUUUGCCGGUAAAAGCCCCCGCCAACGCAGCUUCUCUCAACGUAAACACACACUCCGCCACUCGCUCUCCCCAGCGGCCCGCAACAUCACGUGUAGCACCUGCAGUAGUGCGGCAACGCGAUGAGCUGGACCUCAUGGAGGGCGGAUACAGCAGUAGACGUGUAGCGGAGGAACACAUGCAUGCUUGGAUCGCAUCACCAUCGUCCCUGGUCGCCGCGUUGGCGCCGGGUACUCAGACAGACGCAGCGGCGAUGGCGGCGGCGUCGGUGACGGGGGGAACGGCAGCGGCAGCAGCAGCUGCGGCGUCCCCGGUCGCCGCGUUGGCGUCGGGCAUCCGGACGACCGCAGCGGCGGCGGUAGCGACAUCGAUCGGUGACGGGGGGGACGGCAGCGGCGACAGCAGCAGCGGCGUCCCCGGUCGCCGCGUUGGCGUCGGGCAUCCGGACGACCGCAGCGGCGGCGCGGCGACAGCAGCAGCGGCGUCCCCGGUCGCCGCGUUGGCGUCGGGCAUCCGGACGACCGCAGCGGCGGCGGUAGCGACAUCGAUCGGUGACGGGGGGGACGGCAGCGGCGACAGCAGCAGCGGCGUCCCCGGUCGCCGCGUUGGCGUCGGGUGUCCAGACGGCCGCAAGGGCGGCGGCGGCGGCGGCACCGGUGACGAAGUCCUAGAGGAGCGCGAUAGCCAAUGUGCUGGGGUGGACGUGAGCAACAGCAGCAGCAGCAGCAGCAGUAGCAGCAGCUGCAGCAGCGACGACAGCGGCGGCGAUGGGAGCGGCGAUGAGGGGUUGGAUGACAUCUGGACGGCGGCGAUGGGAGCGGGGAUGAGGGGCUGGAUGAAACCUGGAGUGGAGCCCCACCGCACACUUUCGACCCCGGCAAGACAUCUUCGCGUGGCGCGAGGAGACGGGGGGCGGUACCAGGUGUUGCGUACCCCUUCGAUAGGGGCAGGAACGGGAGUGGCAGCUCCGGCGGCGGCAACGGCGGCAGCCGUAGCAGCGACGAGAGUGGCGACCUCGGCCAGAGCACCGGCGGCGACACCGGCGGCAGCAGGAGCAGCGACGAGAGUGGUGGCUUCCGCCAGAGCUCCGACGGCAGCCGCAGACGGCAGCGGUGGCUUGGGCCAGAACCUCGUCGGCGGCAGCGGCGACAACGGCGGCGGUGUUAAAGGCGGCAGCAGCGACGUCACCGGCAGCCGUGUUGGCGCUGGAAAUCAUGACAGUCGUGGCGGCGAGGGAACGGCAACGGCGGCGAUGGCAGCGGCGGCAGCAGCGGCGGCGCCCUCGAGUCGACCGAGAACGGGGAGGACACGGUGACAGCGACGACCUCACCUUGUUACAGCCAAGUGGGAUAACAUGUGAAACGUUUAUGACUUUGUUCUGUUUUGUGAGC